AUGCCUCCAAAGGCCCUCCUCCGCCUUCACCUCGACGACAUUGGUCACCCAGCUGCCCAAGUGGCUUGUAGCUGCCUAGAUGGAGGUCUCUAUUUGAAUCGAGCCAUUGAGCAUGUCAUCGACUGCUUGUACCACCCCUGCGGCUCGGGCGACAUCCCCAAAGUCAGAUCGGUCACGGUGGUCCUGCGCAGCAUGGGUGGAGUUGCCUACACCACGGGAUUGCCACUGGACGACCUCCACAAGGAGAUUCAUCUGUCUCUCGACUACGUGCACGGUCUAUCGCUGCGGAAAGACGCGGCAGGACUUCGCCACGAGAUUGCCGGGGUCAUCACCCAUGAGAUGGUUCACUGUUUCCAACAUGAUUGCGAAGGUACCGCCCCAGGCGGGCUCAUUGAGGGCAUCGCAGAUUUCGUACGCUUGAAGGCCGGUCUUUCCCCACCGCAUUGGAAUAAGUCGCCCGAAAACAGAGGGCGCAAAUGGGACGAGGGCUACCAAAAGACCGCGUGGUUCCUUGAGUGGCUUGAAUCACUACGAAGGCCUGGCACUGUGAGUCUCAUGAACGAGUUCAUGCGAAGAGGGAAGUACCAUGAGCAAAGUUUUUGGGCUGCCAUGUUUGGGGAAUCCGUGGAUGAGCUGUGGGACCGUUACAAAGCGACAUGGGAAAGUCCAAUUCAAGUGAAGCUGGAAGAAGACAAGAAGCAGGUGGUGGCUGAAGAACACAGAAAACGGAAGCACUUCGCCGCCUAG